AUGGACAAAGACACUGAUGAUAGCGAUGACGAGAUGGAGGAUGCAGACGUCAGUUCGGAAGACGCUCCGGUUGACGACAACGACGCUUCUUCCGAGGCAAUACUCGACCUCUCGGAGGAGAGAGACGUGGCAGCAGCUUGCAGCGAUGCGGACGCCGAAGAAGCAGAUUCUUCAGCUGAGGACACUGAUGAGGCAACUGCGACGGCAGAAGAAGAGGCGCUUGCUAAUGACGUUGCUGCCGCAUCAGUGCUCGAUGAUGUAGUGACAGAACCUGGUGCGGUCUGUAAAGCUGGUACCACUGUCGACGAAAGCGUUGAUGAAGUUUCAGAGCUGCUGCUUGAAGUAUCCGUAGUUCGCCCAGAACUCGUACUGCUGUCAGAAGGAGCACCUUCCGCACUCACGGACGAAGACGGCCCAGUCUCUGAAGUCAAGCUCGUCUCUGCCGUUGUUGAAGGAUCUUGCGUUGUCAAUAUCUCGUUUGUAGGAGUGUUCGUAGCAGCUGUAUCUGAAGAGGCUGCCAGUGUAGGCGUUGCAAAGGUCGUUGAGUCUGCAACAAUGGUGGUACUCGGCGAGGUGGUCUCGAUCGUCGAUGUCCCUUCCGUGCUCGUACUCACGCUUGUUAAAUUAUUGGCAGUGCUGCUCGGAGACAUGCUGCUGGAAGAUGUGCUUGUUACUAAUAGAGAAGAGCUUUCAGUAUAUGAGUCCAAUGAAGAUGGUGCAGAAGUAUCAGAUGCAGAUGUGACGGAAACAGUCGUGGAUUUUGGAGGAGUGGUGUCCGCGGGAGCGGCUGUUAAGCUCGUAGACGUUAAAGAUGAUGCAGCCCGCGUAGCAGAGGUUGUCGUUGCACCUGUAAUGACGAGAGACUUCGUGGUUGACGAACCUGAGGUUGAGGGCGUAACAGGCACCUCGGCCGCUGUCGUGGUUAUGACGGACGAUGAUGAUGUAUCAGGCGUGCCAGACGCUGUCAACGAACUUGUUGCUGAGCUGCCUGUAGAAGGCCCACUGUCUGUACUUUGCAGUACUGACGACGUCUCUGUGGUGACAGAAGGACUUCCAGUGGUGGGUGUAAGCGUCGAGGAUGCUGUCGUCUGUAGCGCUGAAGUUUCCGUUCCCAUAGACGUUGCAGACGUGGCAGGUGGUGUUGCAGUGUCAAUCCGAGUAGAAGGAGACACUGCGCUUGGGGUGGUUGAGACAAACAAACUUGUUGUCACCAGCGUCUUCGUUGACGUCGUAUCUGAAACAGAUGGUCUUGAAGAAUCAACCGUACCUGUAGCUGUAAGAAGCCCUCGUGAUGCAGAAGUGAUGGACGUCACGCCUUCAGUACUGGAAAGUACAGAGCUCACUGUAGGAGAUGCAGUUGCUUCAGACACGGCUGACGUCGUUUGCUCCUGUAAACUUUCGUGCGACGUCGCUGUAGAACCUGCCUCGGUAUCGGUAUCGGAAGAAGACACAGCCGGCACGGUUGUAUCCAGUGUAGACGAUUGUGAGAUGCUCUCCGAAUGUGUAGCUGCAGUAUUCAAAGCAGCAGUCGUAGAAACUGAGUGA